CGAAUCUGGAAUCCAACGCAAUUGUGGUGGAUUGUGGUGUUUGUGCGUGGCACGGAGACAGUCUACAGCCACAGAGAGAGACAGAGAGAGAGAACUCCUUGUCAUCUUGUUCUUCUUCCUUCUUGUUUUUUAAUAUUUGUUGGCAGCCUUGGAAAAUUCCAAAACCAAAAUACAUACAGACGUGCUUUCCUCCAUAUACAACCAAACCCUUGUCACACCCAUUUGAAGAUUUUUAUCCAACUGAAUACUGAUCUUCUGUCUGCUUCUCUCUCUCUCUCUCUCUCUCUCUCUCUCUAUCUGCACGUUUUCCUCAUCAAUCAAAUGAAGUAUUGUGCAAACAAUCCCUUUUUGUUAUUCUACUCCACAUUGUAGCAUUGUAUAUAUAUAUGUAUAUAUGGGUAGAUAUAUGGAAGGCAAUGAGGAGACUAGUUCCUGCACGAAGACCUAAAUUCUAAAUCGGAACAAACAAAGAGAGAAGAGAAACGAAGAACCUGUUGGAGGAAGGAAUUUGAUCGAUCUCUCAAUCAAGCUCCAUCUCCGGUUUGGUAAAUAUAUAAGUAGAUAUAUGGAAAGCAAUGGGGAGACCAAUUCCUACGAGGAUUAUUACAAAGUUUUGGAGGUAGAUUAUGAUGCAACUGAUGAGAAGAUUAAGUUAAAUUACAGGAAACUGGCACUGAAAUGGCAUCCUGACAAACACAAGGGUGACAAUGCUGUUACUGCAAAAUUUCAACAGAUCAACGAGGCUUACACUGUGUUAAGUGAUCCUGCCAAGCGACUUGAUUAUGAUAUAACUGGAAACUAUGAGAUUGAUAAGUACACUUUGCGAGAGUAUCUAACCAGAUUUAAAGGGAUGAUACUUACUUGCAAUGGGCUUGGUAUGAGUCACUCAUCAGUUUGGCCACAGCAACUGAUGGAAUCCAAUGAGUGCUCUAAUAAAUAAGGUCCGAGUAUCUUAUCCUUUUUUCUACACUUCACAUUCCCUGUUGUUUUGACUAGUUACAUGCACGCUUGUAAUGGUGGAUGUAAAAGCUCUACAUUAUUUAUUAGCAACAGGGUUAUUGUAUCAGAAUGUACCUGUAUGGAGAUAUAUAUCACAUGUAAAAUAUCAGAAUCAAGGUGCCUAGUACAACUGUUUAAACUUAAAUAUAUCCAAAAUUCCAAGUCAA